UUCAGCGAACUUCCCUAAGCUGUACUCUGUCUGACCAAAACGGCGUGAUCCCUUCCAGCACAAACAUCUAUUUUAUAUAAAUUUAAAUUGAAUAAGAUAUUUAAAAGAAUCUUGAUCGUUUAGAUUAGAAUCCAUAGACGAGGAAGAACCAAAGCUCGUAGUCCCUUUUAGCAUCGGUCUUAGGGCAAAGGUUAGGAGAUAUCAUGGGGAGACUAUAUAUUGAAUCGCUGAGUGGGCACAAGAUCUUCAAGUGCAAGUUUUGCAAGGUUGACUCCGCUUCCCAUGGCGACAUCGUUUCCAAGGAUUUUCAAGGUCGUUUCGGCAGAGCCUACCUUUUCAGACAUGCGGUAAACAUAUCGCUUGGGCCUUCCGAAGAGCGAAAUCUCAUUAGCGGUUUGCAUACUGUGAAUGACAUCUACUGCAGCUCCUGCCAACAGAUUCUGGGCUGGAGAUAUGAGAAGGCUUAUGAACCAAGCCAAAAAUAUAAAGAAGGAAUGUAUAUUUUGGAGAAGGAACGGAUGCUUAAGGAGGGUUGGUGAGGACCGAUGAAGAAGAAGAGUUGAGCGGAGGCUAUUUUUCUUCGAUUGUGUACAUAGAAUUGUUCAAGCAGAUCAUUUUAUCAGUUUGUUUCUAUAAACCUAUUGCUUUCAACUUAAAGAUAUCUGGCUGAUGUUGUUGCUCCAUUUUAGAAUUAAUGCAAUUGUCACUGUUUGCUA